CUCCUCACAAUCUUACAGCCCAGCUAGCUACGCUAGUGGAACAUUGGUCCCUGACCCUGAGAGCCAGCACAGCCAGCACACCAGCAGCAGCAGCAUGAUAUAUAUGGGAGCAAAAGCUGGAUAGAUAGAUAUGUGGAUACGUGGAUCGAACAAAGCAGCUUAGUUUAGCUUAACCCAGCACCCACCCAGCACAAAAAAGCAGCACCACUGGUAGUUGGUUCUUGGCAUCGGUUGCUCGAUCAGGUCGAUCAAUCGAUCUAGGUGUCUUGAGUUCCGGCUCCCAUGGCGAACUACCGGCUCGGCGGCGGCGGCAACGGGCACUACGAGAUGGCGGCGGCAGCGGCCGCGGCGUGGAGGGGGCCGGAGAGCCCGCAGCUGAGCCUCAUGAGCGGGUGUAGCUCCCUCUUCUCCAUCUCCGGCCUGCGGGACGACGAUGCCGACCUCCACCUCCUGGCCGGCGCGCGCUCGCUGCCGUCCACGCCUGUCUCGUUUGGUGGGUUCGCCGGCGGUGAUGAGGUCGACAUGGAGCUGCAGCAGCAGGGUGGCAGCAGUGGCGGCGACGACCGGAGGACGGUCCGGAUGAUGCGCAACAGGGAGUCUGCCCUGCGCUCCAGGGCCAGGAAGAGGGCAUAUGUGGAGGAACUCGAGAAGGAGGUUCGACGUCUGGUGGAUGACAACCUCAAGCUGAAGAAACAGUGCAAAGAGCUGAAGCGGGAGGUGGCCGCCCUGAUCCUGCCCACCAAGAGCUCUCUACGGCGAACCGCAUCCACCCAGUUCUGAAAGGGGAUCGGACGGCCCAAGACGCAGAGCAAAAGCGCAUUUUGGCAGUACAAAUUUAGGAGAAAAUUAAUCAAACCUCUGCACAUUUCGUCUACUCUGUGUGUGUGUAUACCUAGCUAUGUACAUGAUCGAUCCAAACCUAUAAAUGCUCUUGGGCCUUUUUGUGUGUGUCUGUAAAAAGAAAGAAACGGAGUUUCGUCGGUGGAGAAUUAACUUUUUGUGUUUUUGUUCA